AUGAAGGAGAUCGGUGAGUGGUGUAGGGUUAAUCAUGAAGAGAGCGAUGGGUUUAGAAUUGAAAGAGAGAAGGGCACUGAACGUAAUGGAUUGUUGAAUGAGGGUGGGGAUGGUGUACUGUGUGAUAAGAUGGGUGCUGAUGAUGCAGGAAGCGGUGGAGGUGAUGGUGUAGUUCAUGAUAUUAUGAGUGAUAAAAGCAUUGUUCCUGGUACUGCACCUAUCAGCAGUACCACUACUGCUAAAGACACAGGCAGUGCUCUGUUUGAUAAUAUGAUAAUUUCACAACUGUUUGAUAAUGACGACCUUUCAUCCCUGGAACAUAUCGAGUAUAGCAUACUUAAGAAGUAA